ACGUGGUUGCGCCACGUUCAUGUCUGGAAUAAAGGAGUGUGAUACAGGUCUACUGGGGCGAGGAUAAUGAAGGGGAAAGACUCAGAAUGGGAAACAAGGCACAAAGUAAUAAUAGAGGAUUCAAAGAUUAUUACAAAGAAAUUUUGUUAUUUAUUUAGAGAUGGUGUAUCGGGCUUUUAUGUGGAAGAGAUUUCUUGGGUACAUAUUUUAGAAGCUGGGAGAAGAAAAGAAAGCUUUUGUGAGGCUGAGAGCUUUGCUGGGAAAAAGUCGAAUGUAAUCAAAGUUUGGGAUGUAUGGUUUCGGUUCUCAGGUUGGAGCCAGCAGUAACAACAACAGAUCAUCUCACGUAGGUGCAAGUGGUUACGUUGUUUCUGCUGAGAAAUAAAUACAUGCUUGAAGCUUAUUUCAGAAGUCUAUCUUCGUGCUCCACAGAUGUUUGCGUUUGUGUUGAGAAACUGGGGUGGUGUGGUAUGUUCUUCUUUUUGAGCAAUUUCGGUUCAGUAUAGUCUAUUGGUUUGAGCCUGAGGUGGGGUUUGUUAAUACACAAUGGCCGCCGUGGAAGUUAGAGAGCGUGGAAGAAGUCUGAGCAUUAUAGGAUUUCUCCACUGUGUUUUCUGUGGCCGUGGUGUUGCUAUAGGUGGAUAGCGAUGGAGGGUUCAUCGGAAUCUGGUUGGGGAAAAACUGAUAGUUCCAGUGGGAGCCUUGGAUUGCUUAAUAGUGAUCGGCCUUUCUCGGGCGAUGCAUACAGUAAUGCCAGGUAUAUGCCAGGAGGGAAGGAGAUAAACCGGGUGCCGCUGACUCGCACGAAUCACCUUGGCUCUUCUGGGGCAUGUGGGCAUGCGGUGUCGGUGAGUCCUAUUGUUCAUCCCUUAGAACGGGACGAGGUUAGCUUGAGGCAGUGGUUGGACAAACCGGAAAGAUCUGUAGACCCAUUGGAGUGCUUGCACAUAUUCAGGCAGAUUGUAGAGACUGUGAAUCUGGCACAUUCACAAGGCAUUAUUGUUCAUAAUGUGCGGCCUUCCUGCUUUGUAAUGUCCUCUUUCAACCGUGUGUCCUUCAUCGAAUCUGCCUCAUGUUCAAGUUCUGGUUCUGAUUCAUUUGAGGAUGCCCUGAACAACCAAACUGUUGGAGGUCGGAACUCCACCUCACCUUUGCCCCAGGACUUGCACUGUCAGACAGGCGGGGUAGGCAGUGAAGAUUCCAGGCCAGAGAUAUCCGGGGGAGGUGCUUCUCAGAAGGCAUCAGAAACCAGUUGUUUGUGGUCAAGUUCAAUCUAUGCUACGCGUCUAUCAUCAAUAGAUGAGAUAGAAGAAACUAAAAUGGAGAAUGACAGGAACAUAGAAGAAGCGGGAGGGAGUAAGAAAACUUUCCCCAUGAAACAAAUAUUGCAUAUGGAGAGUAAAUGGUAUACUAGUCCAGAAGAGGUUGAUGGUGCUCUAAGUUCCUUUUCCUCAGAUAUUUAUCGGUUAGGGGUCCUUCUUUUUGAGUUAUUCUGCACAUUUAGCUCAAUAGAGGAAAAGCUUAGAACAAUGUCCAAUCUGAGACAUCGAGUUCUGCCCCCUCAGUUGCUGUUGAAAUGGCCAAAAGAAGCUUCCUUCUGUAUGUUGUUGUUGCACCCUCAGCCAAGUACCAGACCAAAAAUGAGUGAUGUGUUACAAAGUGAGUUCCUCAAUGAACCAAGAUUUAACUUUGAAGAUCAUGAAGCAGCAAUAAAUCUAAGGGAGGAAAUAGAGGAGCAGGAGUUGCUGCUGGAAUUUCUUUUGCAGCUACAACAAAGGAAACAAGAAGCUGCUGAUAAGUUGCAUGAUACCAUUUGUUAUCUGUCUUCUGACAUUGAAGAGGUUCUGAAGCAACAGAAGAUGCUUAAGAAAAAAGGAGGUUUAUACCUAGAUCUGAAUAAGGAUGACCAUUCUGUAUUACAGAAGGUGGAUGACACAGCAAUUAAUCUUAUAAAAAAUGAGGAUUCUGCUAGUUUGGCAUCCAGAAAGCGCUUUAGACCAGGAUUAAAGGUCACUAGUGAAGAGGAAUUUAAUGAGCCUCUAGAUGGGGUUCAGAAGUCAGAGAAUCAUGAAAUUCUUUUGUCCAAAAAUUCUCGAUUAAUGAAGAACUUUAAGAAACUGGAGUCAGCUUAUUUUUCAACAAGAUGCAGACUUGUGAAGCUAACAGGGAAACCAGUAGCUAGAUGGUCACCAAUCAGUAGUGGUGGUAGAGGAUCUAUUGUGGUAACAGAAGGAAGUUCUGUAGAUAAUUUGGCAUUUAAGGAAGGGCAUAGUGGAAGUAGAAAGAGUGGAUGGAUAAAUCCAUUUCUUGAGGGCCUGUGCAAAUAUCUAUCCUUCAGCAAGUUAAAAGUAAAAGCAGACUUGAAGCAAGGUGAUCUGUUAAAUUCUUCCAACCUAGUAUGCUCCUUGGGUUUUGAUCGUGAUAGAGAAUUUUUUGCUACAGCUGGUGUAAAUAGGAAAAUUAAAGUUUUUGAAUGUGACAUGAUCCUAAAUGAAGAUCGUGACAUUCACUAUCCUGUCAUUGAGAUGGCUAGUAGAUCAAAACUAAGCAGUAUAUGUUGGAAUAGCUAUAUCAAGAAUCAGAUUGCUUCAAGUGACUUUGAAGGUGUUGUACAGGUGUGGGAUGUCACAAGAAGCCAAGUACUCGUGGAAAUGAAGGAGCAUGAGAGGCGUGUAUGGUCUAUUGACUUCUCAUCAGCAGAUCCGACAAGGUUGGCUAGCGGAAGUGAUGAUGGUGCCAUUAAACUUUGGAAUAUCAAUCAGGGAGGAAGUAUUGGUACAAUCAGAACAAAAGCCAAUGUCUGCUGUGUUCAAUUUCCUCCAGAUUCUGCACGUUCACUUGCAAUUGGUUCAGCAGAUCAUAGGAUCUAUUGCUAUGAUCUUCGUAAUGCAAAAGUACCAUUGUUUACAUUAAUAGGUCACAGCAAGACUGUGAGCUCUGUGAAGUUUAUAGAUUCAAUGACUCUUGUUUCUGCAUCCACGGAUAACACACUGAAGCUAUGGGAUUUAUCAACAUGCACAUCUCAUGUACUUGAUAGUCCACUUCAAACCUUUACAGGGCAUACAAAUGUAAAGAAUUUUGUAGGUCUAUCUAUAUAUGAUGGGUACAUUGCUACAGGCUCAGAAACAAAUGAGGUAUUCAUCUACCACAAAGCUUUCCCUAUGCCAAUGCUUUCUUUCAAAUUUGGCAGUACAGACCCAUUGUCCGGACGUGAAGUUGACGAUGCCUCACAAUUCAUUUCGUCUGUGUGUUGGCGUGCCCAGUCGUCCACCUUACUUGCAGCCAAUUCAACAGGGAAUAUUAAACUUCUGGAGAUGGUUUAGAUUUUAGAAUGGUAAAGGAGUUUUGAGAGGAAAAACAAAUUAAAGGAAAAGAAUGAGAAAGGAGGAAACCUUAAACCAGAACCAGCUGUAAGAUUGAAAUUGAGAUUUGAUAUUUGGCAGCCAACAAGGGGAAUGCAAACUAUGGGAUGCAAAUUUUGGCGUUGGAACCGAGAGAGUUGAAACUUGGGUCAGGCGAAUGUGGUGAUGUGAACUGUAGAAAAAAAAGAGAAUAAAUCACAAAAAGGGGUAGAUAGAGAGAGUGAGCGAGUUAUGUAUAUUUAAUGUAAUGCUUAAAAAUUGAAAUGUAUAAUCAUAUAUAAAAUUUAUGUUGGG